UAAUAUGGGGAACCGAAUCUUUUUGUAGUGGGUGGUUUGAUCAAGCCACUCGAGACAGUGCUAGCCCGACGACAGGUGGAUAAGCAUUUACGUGUAUCCGCACUAUCUAUUUUGAGUACUGCUUGUCAGACAUCUCCCAUGGCACUUGAGAGAUUCAUGCAACCGCUGACAAAUUGGGUACUCAACAUUCUCGAGUUUGAAGAAGAAACUGAAAUUCGGCGAGCUGCCACCGUCCUGAUACUAUCUCUGUUCCGUGGCCUUGCCUCUGACACCUUGUACCAAUUUCCUCCGGAAGAACUUCGUCGCACAUAUCGAUCCCUUCGUUAUAUCGAAGACACCGACCCUGAUGAACUGACAAGAGGUCAUGCUCGUACCGCACUAAGUGACUUGGAUGUGAUUAUGCGACGAGAACUUUUUGAGAAAUAAAAUCAUGAUCCACCAAUUAUCCCAAUCCAUUGUUUCCACAGCGACCAAUUACUAUUUAUCAGUAUUGGAACAUGCCUUAUUUUUUUUAUCG